GGGGGCACAAGUGCAAUAUGAGAUUGGUGCUAAUGGUUAUCCGCGUCAGAUAUUGCCAGAAAUCGAUCCCGUAUAUGACAGUGAUUCUUCAACUGAAAAUGCAGUCAAUACUGUGGGUAAUAUACCGAUGGAAUGGUAUGAUGAUUAUCCGCAUAUUGGAUAUGAUAUCGAUGGCAAAAAAGUCAUGAAACCUGCUAUGGGUGAUGAACUGGACAAAUUUUUGGAUAAUAUGGACGAUCCUGAUUCAUGGUUAUGUGUAAAAGACAUUUUAUCACAACUGAAUGUUAAAUUAAGUGACGAAGAAUUGGAGAUUAUUCGUCGAAUUCAGAUGGGUGCAUUUCCAGAUCCAAAUUAUGAUCCGUAUGAACCAACUGUUGAGUGGUUCACUAGCAAACCCGAAAUUAUGCCUCUCACCGCGACGCCUGAACCCAAACGACGUUUCGUACCUUCCAAAUGGGAAGCAAAACGUAUAAUGAAAAUUGUACGUGCUAUUCGUCAAGGACGUAUUGUACCUGGUAAGACUCCGACACCCAAACCUCGUUAUUAUAGUUUGUGGACAGAUAACGAUAAACCGCGUGAAGAGCACGUUAUGCAGAUACCUGCACCUAAAAUAAAGUUACCUGAACAUGAUGAGAGUUAUAACCCUCCUGCGGAAUAUUUGCCGACAGACAAAGAAAGAGAUGAAUGGGAAAAGAUGGAUCCGGAUGAUAGAGAAAAGGAUUAUUUACCAAAAAAGAAUAAGCUCAAAAUUGAUCCUGAAUCACUCUUGCCUAAGUUACCUAAUCCAAAAGAUCUCCAACCUUUUCCAACAUCAAUUACACUUUCAUAUGAUGCACACAAGGGUCGUGUACGUGAAUUUUCUAUUGAUCCAUCUGGAAUAUGGUUGGUGUCUGGUUCAGAUGAUAAGACUGUAAGGAUGUGGGAAAUUACGACGG